CUCACCUCCCACCAUGGAGUGGAAAACAUCUGCAGUCUGCAUACUACUUCUGGCGCUUACCGGCAUUCAGGUGCAUUCAAAGAACGUCUAUCCCAGUAACCAUGUCAACAGCAUCUGCAGCAUGUGGGGAAACUUCCACUUCAAGACGUUCGAUGGGGACGUUUAUCAGUUCCCUGGCAUGUGCGAGUAUAACCUGGUGUCUGACUGCCAAAGCCUCAUUCGCCAGUUCUCGGUUCAUGUGAGAAGAACAGAAGACACCAAUGACCCGAAGAUCAGCAGGGUGUCAGUCAGUAUCAAUGACAUCAUCAUUGAGUUGACUGAGAAAGAGGUCAUGAUCAAUGAACAAAAAGUAACACUGCCUGUGCAUAUCACAGGGAUCCUUGUGGAAGAAAACACCAUUUACACCAGACUCUAUUCCAAAAUGGGCAUCACUGUCACAUGGAACAAAGAGGAUGCAGUUAUGGUGGAACUUGACUCCAAAUAUUCCAAUCGGACUUGUGGACUGUGUGGCGAUUUUAAUGGAGUUCCAGUUUAUAAUGAGUUCAUUGAAUCCGGACGGAGGGUUGGAUAUACUGAGUUUGGAAAUAAUCACAGAGUUCCCAACCCAACUCAUAACUGCGAAGAUCCCUUUGAAAACAUCGAUGAGCAAAAUGUGGUGGACCAAUGUGAAAAAUAUCGGGCAGAUUGUGCAGACCUUUUGGAGGAUGAAAAGUGGUCUUCUUGUAGCUGGGUUUUGAACCCUGAGCCAUAUAUCAAGGCCUGUACAAGUGAUAUCUGUUCACGUCAACCUGAAGAUGAAGAAAACGAAGAUAGAGACACCACCGCACUCUGCGCGACUUUGUCUGAAUAUUCACGUCAGUGUUCGCAUGCUGGAGGAUCUCCGCCGAACUGGAGAACAGCAAAGUUCUGUGCUGUGACGUGCCCCUACAAUAUGGUACAUUCUGAAAGUGGCUCCCCCUGUAUGGCCACAUGCUCACACAAAGACACAAACACACUGUGUGAGGAACACAACAUCGAUGGCUGCUUCUGCCCACCAGGUCAGUACNAAAUGAUUCUUCAGUACUCUGUUUCCGAUUGA